UUCGAGGCUAUAGCUCACAUGUGGUAGAAAAUGGAUGAUGCAGUUAGUUGCCCUCUGCUCACUGCAAGGCAUGCACACCACAGUGCAGUGUGGUGUGUGACUGGAUACUCCUUCCCAAAGCUGUGCAUUGCAUGUGCAACUGAGAGGCUGGAAAAUCACUCAAAAGGAGAGCUAAACAUUCACAUCAAGAAGAUUCUAGGGGAAUUCCAAGCACUCCUGAGCUCUACUGCGCAUGCGUGCAACUCCUCUGAGCAGAGUUUCUUCUCUGUACUCUCCACAGAUUCAAGAGUAGUGGAGCAUCUAUGUGGACUGCUAUUUGGUUUGCUGCAGUCACAUGAUGCGACUGUAGCUCAGUCUUCACUGGAAGUGCUGAUGACCCUGCUGGGGCUAGCCAAGACACAGGACAUCAGCCGGAGACUACUGCAGAAAACUGUGCAAUCUAUACUGACGAGCCCCAACCUACCCAGCUCUCUCCCUCAUCUCACACUAUUGGGACGGCUACUCCACUCUCACUCCGCCCUCACCUUUGACCUGUUGCACUCGUAUGGCAGUCUGCUUGAUUUCCUCCUCAAUGGACUCUCUUAUCCCGAUGAGAAGAUCAAGUCCUCUGUUGUCUACCUCCUCGUUCAGGUGGCAGGGAAAACUCCACCCACUUCCCUCCCCCUCUCCCUCGUACAGAGAUUGGCCAGACACAUCUCUACUAACCUCGCCACUGCAAAGUCACAUGAUCUAACAAUCAACCUUCUCGGUUUGGUACGUCAUUUGCUCAAGAGUGACUCAUACACCCAGUGUCUGAUACAGGCUGACAGACUCAAUGCAGAUGCAAAAGGCUCCACUUUUGCUUCUGCUUUCAAAAGGGUGUUGUUGAGUCAAGACGAGCUGCUCCAGCUGUCAGGAGUGCAGUGCAUAGCCGAGGUACUCACCUCACAUCCUGACUAUGGCCGAACACUCUUAAGUGCUGACAUUGCAGAAUUCCUCUUUGAAGCACUUUCAAGCAAAACUGAGCUGUUAUUAAACUCUCUGUUUAAUUGUCUCAACUCUCUGGCUGGAAUCGAUGAGUUCUACACGAAGUACCAUGUUGUUUAUGGUAUGGAACCGAUAUUGACUGGACUGAACACCUUGCUCAAACUGAGGAAUCAUGUGUCUGCUCAGUCAGGAAUCACUCUGCUAACAAAGAUACUCACAAGACAGCCGAGGGGUGUGUCCCUGUUCUGUAGCCCCACCCUCCUGCACAACCUCUUGGAUCUACUCACCUCUCUACUAGAGGUGGAGUGUCUGGCCACACCCACCACUGCUGCCCUCAGUGCUCUCAUCAGCUCUCAGCAUGUCCCCAGUGGCACUCCCCUCCGACCCUUUCUCACUCCUUUGGCCCACCUCCUCUCUCUCUUACAACCUUUGACUUCUGCCGAUGAUAUCAGGGAAACAACUGUUGAUUUCACAGCUAGUACCAAAGACCUGAUUUGCAAUGUUUUCCAGUGUUUUUCAAGAGUGUGCAGACUGUCUCUGGAGGGUGGUGUGGUGUGUGUUGGUGAUGAUGAUAAUGAUGACAGAGACUUCUUGCUGUCAGCCAUGAGAGAGUCUCUCCUACCCGUGUUCCUGCUCCACUUGGACCAUUUUGACACACCUAGACCUAGUGUUUCCGUCCUCUCAAUGGCGGACUGUCUCCUCCAGUUGUUGGUGACCUCACAGACAGGCAGAGAAUUGGCCGAGACUUUAUGUGGCACAGGGUUCAUUCAACUUAUCUUGGAACUGAAAGCUAAGUUCCCCGGCUCUGUUGAAGGGGCCAGUGAUCUGUGCUCCGUUGGUGACCAGCUGCUAGUGAAGCUGUGCACGACUCUGGAGGGUUCAAAUGUCAGGGUUCCCUACAUCAAGGACGCUCUCCAACAGGCACUACCCUCUCUCAGUGGUGCUCCCACGGACUGCCUGCAAGUGCUGACUCAGCGUUCCCAGCUCCCUGGACGUACCACUCCCUCCAGUCUACAGUCGGCACAAGCCGCAGUGCUCUGUCUCCUCUGCACUGCCCACACACACGGCAACCAAUUGGUGCCAGCAAGUGACUUGCUGAGAGCUCUGGACAUGUUCCUCUCGUUGAACCCUGACCUCCACCUGCUUCCACCCACCACCUUGUCACAUAUCACCGUUUUAUACGCUAUUGCAUCACAUGAUGUCCCUUCCUGUCUCAAUGGCAGUGACGUUAGCUCUAAUAGGAUAUCAGGUCUGGCGAUUCUAACGAGAGGUGUGCAGCGCGUGACUGAUCCAACCUCACUGUUUGUACCUCAUGUCAGUCUGAUGAGCUGGUGCCUUCGUCAGUGGGGUGGGGGGAACGACAUCACUAAGGCCUGGAUGCAGCAAUGGAUCUCCCUGGCCCACCAGUCUCAGUCACAAGCUGAGAAUCUCUCGUUGCUACUGGAGACCAGUAACCUGGCACUGCAGUGCGUCUUGGGUCUCAUUAGCGCUCCCUCCUCUGAUGACGGUAUGGGUGGUCUGACCACUGUCUCGGAACUGUUGGAGCACCUCCUUCUCAAUUCCCGGGAGAACUCGUCGCUGUGGGUAACCAUGUACACAUGUCUGAAUAGGAUUAUCCUGGAACAAAGAGUUCAUCCAUUACCAGACGACUCCUAUGGUGCUCUACUUAAACUCUUAGCGAUGACUCGGAACAACAAGGAUUGUGCUGAUCUCAUCACUUCAGACGUUAAGCUCACCUAUCACAUUGCGAAUCUGGUGUGUCGGGUGGGUGUGGUCUUGGAGGACAGCACUGCUAGUGCUCAUGGGAGGGUCAUUGCCCAGUGUGGACUGGAGAUACUGUCCGUGUGUGUAGAGCUACAGACCUCCUCCUCACAGAUUGUUCGUUCGCUACUGAGCAACCAAUCUCUGCUUCACAAACUAUCUACACUGUUGCCAAGAGACAGCAAAGCUAAGACACACAACUUGUUAUCAGCUGUCGUGAUGGAAUUUAUUACUCUUCUCAUUGCUGCAAAUGAUGUUGUCAACCAUCACAUACCUCUGAGUGCACAUACCUUGAUGUCAGCAUUGCUCUCUCCGGUUCCUAGAGUUCAAAUUGCUGGUCUCAAUCUGUGGGGGAAGGUAUUUUCCGGAGGAGGCGUGGCAUCACCCUUCAUCAUCCAAGGGGUGGGCCAACAGCCUCUCAGGCAGCUGAGAACUUUGACCUUCCUAAUCAUGAACUGCUCAGUGAAUGGAAGUGUGGGUGUGGCUGAGGCAGCUGCCAACUGUUUUGUGGAGCUCACUAAGUAUUCACAUUCACUGGACAAGUGCAAGAAAGGUAUUCUGUCUCCAUGGUGCCUGGUUCUACUCAGGCACAGUGUAGAUAUGUAUAAGUCCUCCAUAUUGCCACUUCACAGGGUCACCUGCUUGCAACAGAUUCUUCAAUCUAUGUCGCUCGAUUCGGAGUUCAAAGGUCAGCCACACACCCUACGCCCAACUCUUCGAUCACUAGGCCAGCUGCUCUACAAGUCACUACUGACGGCAACCUCAGGAAAUGACGUGGCUCAAAAUCUAACCUCUUGUCUUAAGCAGAUUGCGAGAUUGGAUAGAGGUUGCUUAGAAGAGCAGCAAUGGAGAAUAGUCGAGCAAUAUGACGCUGUGAACUAACUGUUUGUCAUUCAUUAUCGUAUCCUGUUACAAUUAUUGUGUUUAUUUAUAUGUUAUAAAGAUAUACGCUUCUGUUUAUACCACUGAAUGCAUUUUAUUGAAAUAAUUAAUCAUUCUAUAAAG